UAAAAUGCCAGGCACCAGCAAUCCAGAAUGGCCGACUGAUGGGAACGCCACCAAUGUUCCAAACGGCUUGCUUUGAUGGUUUCACGCGGGUUGGACCAGCCGUGGUCUAUUGUUCAAACACCACAAAUACAACCCAACUUCCGAAGUGCACAUCAUAUUCCGGAACGUGUGCUGUUUCGACUCUUGAUAAUGGGUACACAAAAGAGGGGGGUGACGGGUUGGCAGGUCGAGAGCUUUUCUGCAAUCCUGGAUAUCGACUUCAUACUUCGGCCAACUACACUUGUGUUUCCCAAACGACUUCGAAAAGAAUUGUUUCGUGUAAAAAACUUGUUUGCAAUUCUUCGACACCUGUCAUUGACAAUGGGCGUAUUCAACCAGUUGAAGGUGUCAUCAACGAACAAGCUACAGUUUUAUGCAAUAAGGGCUUCUCUUUGGCUGGCUCUGGCAUAGCAAUCUGUGGAGCCUCUGGCACGUGGAAGAGUAAUUCAACAUGCAAAGGUGAUUCAUGCACUGCUCCUAACAUUCCGAACAGCAACAUAUCGGGAUUACAAGCUAUAACAGGUGAAGUGCACUAUGUUGGUUGCGAAGAUGGCUACAAUUUGGAAGGCAACGCAACUAUAGCAUGCAGCGCUCUAGACUUGUGGACAACUCUUCCACGUUGCGAACCUGUGGUUUGCGAUUUUCUACCGACAUUCAACAAUGGAUUAGUGAUUGUUGGGCACACUGAAGCAAAGUUUGGUACUUUUGCAACGAUUGUAUGUGAUCCCAAGUACGAGCUCCAAGGAAACAAAACCGUCAUGUGCGACAAGAAUGGAUCUUGGGCGUCCACAGGUCAAACGUGCAAAGAGAUCAUGAGCUCAAGGGCCGAUUCUAACACCACCGAAACAGCAGCUUUAAGUGGUACCGUCGGAUUUCUAGCAGGUGCAAUUUCAUCAAUCCUGAUGUCAGUAAUCUUGAAAAGGCUUCGCCGACCACAGCAAGACAUCCUUACAGAUCACAAUACCGUUAAACGGGAUAAACAGCCCGAUGCAACUGCGCUAAGCGACACCGAGAUGUACGGAACAGUGCAAGUCUUGAACUCAAACGACGCAUAUGGAAUAGCAGAGGUGCCAAACGACAACGUCGCAUACGAACCAGUGAAUGGAAACCAAAUGCCACACAACGUAAUCUACGAACAACUUGGUGAUUCCGAGCUCUAACAGAUAGGCUUAAUUUCCCCAGCCGUCAUUGUAGCCAUCCCAUCUGCUUAUAGCUGUCGAACUCCCUUUCUUUAGUAAUACACCGACCAGGACAAUGAAGUACGUUUGUAUAAUGCUCUUACGGUAGAACUCUCAAGAUAAAAGAAGAAACUGACGCGUUCUGUGAUGUCCUGAAUGUCCAUGACCGCCUUUGCUUACUGUCUUGGUUUUGUUUUACCAAUACGAUUACUCAUGCAUUAUUACUGUUAUGCGUGCGGCGUUUGCGCACGCAUUCAAAACGCCUUUGAAGUUUUUAUUCCACGCACAUCCUUCGAUAUGUUUACUGCUAAUGACUUUCUCUCCCUAAACCUGCGUACAUUACAUGGUUCCAGUCUCCUGCAUUCUGGUAAGCACUGCGACCCUUUAAAAUUUCACCUUCCCAUUCCUGUAUGUAUUUCCACACUUGCUGAUACUUGACAGCAUUUUGUCCGCAAA